AUGAUCUUGCACGCGGCUCCUCCCCAACUACUGGCGAGCGCGUUAGUUCAUAUCCGUGAUCGUAAACAUAAUUUGGUGGAGUGCCGAGCUUUACUGGAUACUUGUUCCACAGCAAAUUUCAUCUCAGAGUCUAUUCUAAAACAAUUAGACGCGCACAUACUCGAACAUUCGUCACCGGUCGGCACGAUCAAUGACACAAGUACGGAAUCCAGGGGUAUGGUGCGAAUCACUAUACAGUCCAUACAUGAUAAUUUCCGCAGAGAUCUUACGUGUUUGGUGAUACCGACCAUAGCUGAUCUGAUUCCUUCCGAGAUGUUUCCCAGAGAUACGAUUAAAAUACCGUCAAAUAUUAGAUUGGCGGAUCCGAAAUUCCAUCUGCCACGAGCGGUAGAUUUAUUGAUCGGUUCGGGACUUACCUUAUCUUUGUUCUCAAUCGGGCAGAUCAACUUAUCCCAUGAGGAGCAUGAUUUAUACUUGCAAAAAACCCGACUCGGAUGGGUGGUGGUCGGUGGCGCGUCGUCACAGGUUCCAUCCAAACCGGCGUGUUAUUUGACGAGGCUCGAAAGUCAGUUGAGUAAAUUCUGGUCAGUCGAGGAAGUUAGAGAAAAUAGAGUAAGUUCGGCCGAGCACAUCGAGUGCGAGGCGCACUUCGAAAGAACGGUGUUUCGCGAUAACAGUGGACGUUACAAGGUUCGUUUGCCAUUUCGCGAAUCGAACGCGCGUUUAGGCGAAUCGCGCUCCGUCGCGUUCAAGCGUCUAUUAGCUUUGGAACGUAAACUCAAGUCGAAUGUUACGUUGGGGCUCGAAUACGCCCGAGUGAUCGAGGAAUAUUUGACCCUAAAUCACAUGUCGUCGGUGGAACCUCCUGAGGACGAUGGUUAUUAUAUGCCGCACCACGCGGUGAUCAAGGAAUCGAGCAACACAACGAAGGUACGAGUGGUGUUCGAUGCUUCGGCUAAAACAAAUAACGGAAUGUCUCUAAAUGACGCGUUAAUGAUAGGGCCUACGAUUCAAGAUACAUUGUUCUCCCAUUUGAUUCGUUUCCGCACAUACAACUACGUCAUAACCGCGGACAUUGAAAAGAUGUAUCGUCAAGUGUUGCUGCACGAAGAUGACCGUCGAUAUCAGCGGUUCCUUUGGCGCGUGGGAAAUGAAGUUAAAACGUUUCAGCUUAAUACGCUCACAUUCGGCGUGGCGCCCUCGUCCUUCCUUGCGAUUCGGGUUCUCCACAAACUUGCUGAGGACGAACGGUGCGUCUAUCCCAGAGCGGCUCAGGUCAUCACCAAACAUUUGUACAUGGACGAUUUACUAACUGGUGCGGAUACGAUCGCCGACGCGCGCGCGAUCAGAGACGAAACAAUCGCCUUAUUAGAACGGGGUGGAUUUUCCAUAAGACAGUGGGCGUCCAACGAUACGCGUGUCAUUGAUGAUUUAUCCUCCAACGCGUUACACGCCAACUUCGUGUUUAACGUGGAUCCCGCCGUAAAAACGUUGGGGAUAACGUGGAAUACCCGAGAUGAUAAAAUGUACUAUUCGGUUCGUCCGAUUAAAGUCACCCAGAAAUUGACGAAACGAAAGAUAUUGUCGGAAAUCGCGAAGAUCUUUGAUCCGAUAGGUUUGCUAGGUCCGAUUAUUUUGCAUGCAAAGCGCCUGAUGCAAGACAUAUGGCGUUCCGGUUUACAUUGGGACGAAUCCGUCCCGCAGGCCAUAUACACGGAAUGGAUGGAGUUCGUUCGACAAUUAGAGUCCGUAAAUCAAUUUACAUUCGAACGUAAGUUGCUAGCAAGCAAUUGUCGCGACAUUCAGUUUCACGGGUUUUGCGAUGCCAGUAGUGUCGGUUACGGUGCGUGUCUUUACAUUCGCUCAAGCGAGGGGCAUGAGAAUACCGUGGUCAGGUUAGUGUGCGCCAAAUCCAGGGUUGCGCCGUUGAAACCUGUAACCAUCCCGCGUUUGGAACUCUGCGGCGCGCUGUUGUUGACGCAAUUAUAUCGCGAAAUGAGCGCGGCAUUGAACUUCGCGCCCAAUAAGGUAAUUUUUUGGUGCGAUUCGACGAUCGUUUUGCACUGGAUAAAAACGCCGCCUCAUCUUCUUAAAACGUUUGUAGCCAACCGUGUCGUGGAGAUUAGGGAUAACGCGGAAUCUAAUGAAUGGCGACACGUUCGAACGAACGACAAUCCGGCGGACGCAUUGUCAAGGGGUCAAUUGCCUCAUGCGUUUGUGCAAAACGAAAUGUGGCUGACCGGACCUCCGUGGUUGAUUAAAGGCGAAAGCGAAUGGCCAGAUGAAAUCAUCCCAGCAGUCGAAAUAACGGAACUAAAGAAAAACGUUUGUUUGAUAACCACAACGUACGAUGUCGAGAUUCUCAAUAGGUAUUCGUCCUAUUCUAAAUUACUUAGGGUCGUCGCGUAUUGCCUUCGUUUCCGGCGCAUCACCAUAGGCGCGAAAGCAUUGUCGGCAGGUUCUCAAUUUGUUAAUGAACUCAAAGAGCUCAGACUCAAGGGUUCGAUAAGCAAGGGCAAAGUCGUAAACCCGUUCCUGGAUGAUGAUGGACUGAUUCGUGUAGGGGGUCGUCUCCAAAGAUCGAAUUUAACCUUUAAUCAGAAACACCCGAUUCUGCUUCCGAGUCGGCACCGUUUAACGGAUAAUAUUAUUCGCGAGGUCCACGAAGCGCAUCAUCAUACGGGCAUCCAGACUACUUUGUCCAUCAUACGACAAAGAUUCUGGUUGCUCGACGGACGGAAUCAGGUGCGGAAGAUCGUGCGUACCUGCGCGCGUUGCUCGCGUUUUAGCGCCAACGCGAUAGAAUACAAGAUGGGGAAUCUCCCGUCGGCUCGCGUACGCGAAGCGAUGCCAUUCGCCAACACCGGUGCCGAUUUUUGCGGACCCUUUUAUGUAAAAGAGAAGAAGUACCGCAACAGAGGUCGCGUAAAGGUCUACGUGUGCGUAUUCGUGUGUAUGGCUAUAAAGGCAAUACAUCUCGAGAUAGUCAGUGACCUAACGACUGACGGGUUUCUCGCGGCGCUACGACGGUUUAUCGCUAGACGCGGUCUACCUGAGCGAGUUUAUUCCGACAAUGGAACCAACUUCGUGGGGGCGAACCGUCAGUUAAAGGAACUAUACGUUUUGCUAAAUUCUGAGGAACACAAAACUAGGGUAAAUAGAUUUGCGUGUGAACACCGGAUCACAUGGCAUUUUAUACCACCAGCCGCGCCGCACUUUGGUGGUUUGUGGGAGUCUUCAGUAAAACUCUUUAAGCAUCACUUCAAACGCGUGGUCGGGGAAUCCCUGUUCACGUUUGAGGAAUUGAAUACGUUCGUAAUUGAAGUUGAGGGCAUUCUGAAUUCCCGACCAAUCACCUGCCUAUCCUCUGAUCCGAACGACUUGCUCGCUUUAACUCCUGCCCAUUAUUUAAUUGGCAAACCAUUAACGACUCUCCCGGAGGGAGACUUAUCCGAUGUUUCAGCCAAUCGCUUAUCUACUUGGCAACAUAUUACAAAGGUUCGGCAAGACUUUUGGGCACGUUGGAACCUCGAAUAUCUCAACGAGCUCCAAAUGCGUCAUAAAUGGGCCAAGGAUGGACCGAGGCUCGACGUCGGGACCAUUGUGUUGGUGAAAGACAAAAACUUGCCAUGUGGACGUUGGACAAUGGGCAGAAUUUUGGAAUUACAUCCAGGGAAGGACGGAACCACGCGAGCGGUCACCAUUAAAACAGCGACUGGAGAAAUGAAGAGAUCCGCUAAUAUUCUAUGUCCUCUGCCAAUCGAGCAAUAG